ACUCCAGGCUAGAAAAUGAGGGCUCUUUUGCCAUUCUCCUUUUUUCUGAUUUUUGCCAAUUCUCCAAGCUGGGCAAUAGACAGACAUUAUUACAUUGGCAUUGAGGAAGGCCUUUGGAAUUAUGCUCCUACUGGUAAAAACAUAGUCAAUGGAAAACGUAUUUCACAAGAUAAAGAGUCACAUUCAUAUAUCUAUCUACAAAGAGGCCCCCAAAGGAUAGGACCAACUUAUAAGAAAGUCAUGUAUGUGGAAUACAGAGAUAGUAAUUUCAGAAGGAUUAAGAACAAGCCUUCCUGGUUGGGGUUUUUGGGUCCUAUUCUGAAGGCAGAGGUUGGGGAUGUCCUCUUUGUGCAUGUGAGAAAUUCUGCCUCAAGACCCUACACUUUGCAUCCCCAUGGAGCAACCUAUACUAAGGAAAAUGAAGGUGCUCUGUAUCCGGACCACACCUGGGGCCGACAGAAGAAAGAUGAUGGAGUGAAGCCUGGACAGAGCUAUACUUACAAGUGGUCCAUAACUCCAGAACAAGGGCCUGGGCCUGGGGAUCAUAACUGUGUGAGCAGAAUUUACCACUCACACUUUGAUACUGUGAAGGAUGUGGCUUCUGGGCUUGUGGGAUCCCUGAUAACUUGUAAGAAAGGGACUCUGAAUGGGGAAACUGAAAAAGAUAUCGAUCAUUCCUUUGUUAUGAUGUUUAGUGAAGUAGAUGAAAAUAAGAGCUGGUAUCUGGAUGAAAAUAUCAAAACGUACUGUUAUGAACCUAACAAGGUCAACAAAACGGAUCCAGACUUUGUGGAGAGCAACAGAAUGCAUUCAAUGAAUGGAUACCUGUUUGGAAACCUCCCAGGCAUCACCAUGUGUAUGGAAGACAGAGUGAAAUGGUAUUUUUUUGGAAUAGGUGAUAUUUAUGGCAAACACUCCAUCUUUCUUCAUGGACAGACUGUAAAUUAUUUGGGACACCGAGUUGAUACGCUCAGCCUUUUUCCUGCUUCAAUGGUUGAUGUCUACAUGGUUGCAAAAAGUGUUGGGGAAUGGAUGAUUAGCUGUCAAGUUAACAAACAUGUUGAUGCUGGCAUGCAGGCUUAUUUCAAAAUAAAUGACUGCAAAAAGCCCUCAACCGAUAAAGUCAGUGGGACAAAAGUUAGGCACUACUUCAUUGCUGCGGAGGAAGAAUUGUGGAAUUACGGUCCAUCAGGCAUUAACAUCUUUACAGGGAAAAACUUAACGGCUCCUGGGAGUGAAUCAGAGCCCUAUUUUGUUCGAGGUCCCAGCAGGAUUGGAGGAACCUAUCAAAAGUAUUUAUACAAAGAAUAUACAGAUGAUACCUUCCUAACUCGGAAAAGAAGACUCCCUGAAGAAGAGCAUCUUGGACUUUUGGGUCCUGUCAUUGCUGUAGAGGUAGGAGAAACAGUCAAGGUCACUUUCCUCAACAGAGGUGGACAUUCCAUGAGCAUUCAGCCUCACGGCGUGAGGUUCACCAAGAGCAAUGAAGGGUCUAACUACAUGACACUCAGUGGAGGUACACCUCCACCUUCUUCAAGUAUAGAGCCUGGGAAAAAGUUUACCUAUGAAUGGACUGCUCCAGAGACUGUGGGUCCUACUUCUUCUGAUCCAGACUGCUUAACCUACAUGUACUAUUCUGGUGUGGACUUUGUUAGAGAAGUCACCAGUGGGUUGGUAGGGCCUAUGAAAGUGUGUAGGAAAGGAACUCUUCGCAAAGAUGGUAGACAGAAAAGCGUAAACAAGGAAUUUUACCUGCUAUCCACAGUAUUUGAUGAAAAUGACAGCCUGUUCUUGAAUGAAAAUAUUAGAAAAUUUGCAGGAAAUCCCAGCCAAGUGGAUAAGAAUGAUCCAGGCUUCAGACAAUCUAACCUGAUGUACUCCAUUAACGGAUAUACAUUCGGAAAUCUACCAGGACUCGAUAUGUGUCUAGGUGACAAGAUUUCGUGGCAUGUCCUGAGUAUAGGGUCAGAAACAGAUGUUCAUGGGAUAUAUUUUUCAGGACACACAUUUGUCUCAUUAGAAUCGAGGAAAGACACUGUAAAUGUGUUUCCACAAAUUUCUCACACUCUCUCGAUGACAGCAGAUUCUCUAGGGGAAUUCGAUGUUGUUUGUGUAACAACUGACCAUUACACAAGAGGGUUGAAACACAAAUACCGAGUGAAACAGUGUAACAACACUUUCAAGGCCAGCCCAAUCUAUUCAGAGCAGAAGGUCUACUACAUUGCUGCUGUGGAAGUUGAAUGGGAUUAUUCGCCCAGCAGGAAGUGGGAAAAGGAACUGCACAGUUUACAAGGAAACAAUAACUCAAAUCUAUAUUUGGAUAAACCAACUGAUUGGUAUCUUGGUUCAUUAUACAAGAAAGUUGUUUUCCGUGAGUUCACUGGCAAAGACUUCAAGACUCAAAAACCAAGAACAGAAAAGGACAAACAUCUGGAUUUACUAGGUCCAAUAAUUCAAGCAAAUGUUGGACAAAAAAUAAAAAUCAUCUUUAAAAACAUGGCCAGCAGACUUUAUUCUAUACAGAGUCAUGGAGUAAAAACCCAUAAUUCCACUGUAACUCCAACAAAACCAGGGAAAAUAAGAGAAUAUAUCUGGGAAAUCCCUAAAAGAUCUGGACCUACCCAAAGUGACUCUGAUUGUAUACCCUGGGUUUAUUUUUCAACUGUGGAUCAAGUUAAGGAUCUCAACAGUGGAUUAAUGGGUGUUUUGAUUACCUGUCAUGAAGGAGUGAACUUCACAGGGACCAAUAUUGUUAAUCUAGUUCUUUCUUUUUUCAUUAUUGAUGAGAAUCUAUCCUGGUACUUCAAUGAAAACAUCAAAAAGUAUUCUGCGCAUCCAGAGAAAGUAAACAAAGAUGAUCCAGAUUUUAUUUUAAGCAACCAAAUCCAUGCAAUUAAUGGAAGAGUUUAUGGAAACACACAAGGUCUGAUCAUGCAUGUUGGAGAUACAGUGAACUGGUAUUUGGUGGCCAUGGGAAAUAAUAUGGACAUUCACACUGCUCACUUCCACGGCCAUAGCUACAUCAUUAAGGGUGCUGGAGUUUAUCGCUCAGAUGUUUAUGAUCUUGUCCCAGGAACAUUCAAAACUAUUCAAAUGUAUCCAAAAGAUGCCGGAAUUUGGUUAUUCCAUUGCCAUGUCAGUAAUCACAUUAAUAGUGGAAUGGAAAGCACUUAUACUGUUUUAGAAAAAGAAGAACAAAAGACUUCCAUCAAGUGAUUCUGAUGAGCCUGUAUCCAUGAAAAUAGAACUGAACACCCAAGCCUGCCGCGGAAUAUGGGAGUUAAAUUAAAUUACUGACUAUAAUUAGUAAUUAGGUAUUUUAAAAAGUAACAAUUUCCUUUUAAUCUUUGAAAAUGAACUGCCAGAGACUUCAGUAGGGUUUCAUCAUAGGAGUGUGACACUACUAGGGAUCAUUGUUGUUGUUCAGUUAUAUCUGACUUUUUAUAAUUCCAUUUGGGGUUUCCUUGUCAAAGCCACUAGAGAGGUUUGCCAUUUCCUUUUCCAGGUCAUUUUACAAAUGAGGAAAUUGAGGCAAACAGCUAAGUGACUUGCUCAAGGUCACACAGUUAUUAAAUAUAUAAAUUUUAACUCACAUCUUCCUGACUCCAAGCCCUGUGCUCUUGUCUACCUAGCUGCCCUUGCUAUUAGGGAUAGUGAGUGGCAACAGUGGUAGCAAAAGCUUGCAAAGAUGGCAAACACAGUCAUUUUACUCAUCUGGAAAUAAUAUAAAUUCUAGUGUAACGGAAAAAAAAUAUAUGGUUAAUAUCUAUAGCUUCAGAACAGUCCCAACAAUACUGUGUGGAGUCUUGCCCCUUUUUCUCCACCCUUCUGGAAACUAGAGGAUACUUUCUGAGCCAUUUUGAUUUCCUAAUACUUUUAAGGCUGUCUAUUUCAUUCCCCCACAGUUUGAGGGGCUCAAAUAUUUGAAUACUUUCUCUUCAAUUUGUAUUGAUGAAACACUUUAUUGCAAGCAGAACACUAUACUAGACCAUUAGGGAAGUGGGGGGGGGGGAGGAAGCCUCAGUGUAUCUUGAAUCCUAUUUAUCAGGGUCCUACUCCCUGCAGAGUUAUAGCUUCUAACUUAUUCGUGCCUCGUCAUCCUAAGUCUUGUUGAUAUCUACCUGUGAAUUCUCCCUAGAAGCCAGGCCAGUCACACUUGAGCCCUUUUUCUGAUCUUUCAGCAUUCUCUAAGUACCAGUGCAGUACCCAAAUCUAGGAAGUGUUUCCCUGUGUUAUGUAUAGGGAGGGCAGCAUAUGGAAAGAGCACUGAUUUUAGAGUCAAAGGAUGUAAGUUCAAAUCCUUCCUCAGACAUUCACUAAUUGUAGGAUCUUGGGUAAGUGGCUAUCAUUGCUCUUGUCUCUAAAAUGUGGAGGUUAGAAUUCAGAGUUUCUAAAGUCCCUUCUAGCUCUAAAUCUAGGGCCAAGUGAUACCCACCCAUAUUGUUUUAUAAAGGAGAAAAACAAGUUGGAUGAAAUAGUCAUACUUCAUCCUUAACAUAGAAUAUGUGAGGGUGAGGAAUAUUAAGUCAUAUCUAGAAAGUUGAAUGGGGGCAGUUAGAUAGCACAGUGGGUAGAGACAGACCUGGAGUUGGGAGGACCUGAGUUCAAAUUUGACCUCAAAUACUUUCUAGCUAUGUAACCCUGGGUAAGUCACUGAACCCCAUUUGUCUAGUCCUUACCCUUCUGUUUUAGAGUCAAUACACCAUGUUAUCAACUCCAAGAUAAACAGUAAGGAAAAGAAAGAAAAAAGAAACAGAAAGAGAGAAAGAGAAGUGAGAGCAGAGGAAGAGAGAGUGCAGAAAGGGAGAUUAGAGAGACAGAAGGAAAGGAAGGAAGAAAGGAUAAAAAAAGAAAGAAGGAAGGAAGGAAUGUUGGAGAAAAUAUUGUAUAUAUCUUCCUCUUCCUUUACUCUUCUAUUUAUUUGAUUCAGUUCAUGAAACUGCAGACCUCCCAAUGGAAAAAUAUCUGGAAAUAUUACAGUUUGAUUAUGGUCCUGAUAUGUCUUUCAUGUAACUAAUAAAAUAAAAUAAUAUGCCUAAAA